AUGGUGCUCGGUGGUGGGUUUGAUGAUGAUGAUGAUGCUCAUGGAGGUUCAAUAACCAUCAGUGGUGGGAAAGAACCACCCACCGUCAGCCACCAAUGUCUGUUAUCGUCCCCACCUUAUCUCAGGUUCAACUCCAUUGUUGUUCCUUUUGCAGAGCCAAUGAGUUCCCCACUCACAUCGGUUCAAUCUCCGCAUAUGAGGAUUUGGGUUUGGAAAAAUUACAUAUGGUUAGGGAUGAGAUGGAGAAUACGGGAGAGGCUAAAUAGGGAGGAAAUGGAUGAGAGUGGAUCUGUUAGCAUUGAGCGGGGUAGAGUCAGCAAAUCAUUUACCUUGGCUGGUAGCAGCCAAUGCUGGUGGUGGUGGGAGCAAAUUGCAGCUUUCGGUUGUAAUGGAGAGGUGGAUUCAAUGUUUCAAGAGAAGCGGGAUAUACAGACGCAAAAAAUCAAAUCGAGUUCUUCACUUCAGGUCCGUCGCUGCGGCCUGCGUGCCCUAGGCUCCGUCCUGCUUUCUCGUCCAGAAGCACCGGCGACCACUAGCAUCCGACGUCUCAGCCCUUCCUUCUGUAACUAUCGACUCUCAUACAAUGGACAAGUUCGAAAUCAGCCUCCGUCCUGCUUCCACCCUCGUUCAGUCGUUCAUCACGUACAGAAGCACCGGCUACCACUAGGUCGCGAAUCAAAUACAUUUGGUCUGUUUCAGACCUUCAUCAUCCACAUCAUGGUUCGAAAGAAAAAGAAGAAUGGAUCUGAUAAAAAAAGUCAACAACGUAUAAUGCGGAAACCUCGAAUGGAGCUCAACCGAAAGGAAAAACCCUUAAAGGUCAAGAUCCCAUACAUACUUACCAUGAGGAAGAUAAAAAAAUAUGGGAAAAAAAAUUAA